GGCAACGGCACCAGACACUUUAAAGCGUAGAUGGACGGCUGGCUCGGUCAGGGUGGGUCGGAAUGAAGGGUCACUUGGGUUUUGCAGGGAGACGGGGCUUGUCGGCCCUGCGGCUCGGGCCCAGAGGCGAGCGGGCGGGCGGGCCGAGCCUCCUCCGGCCGCAGGCGUCAGCGGUUCCGGGGGGCGGGGCCUCGGGCGGAAGGGGCGGGGCCAGCGGGCUAGUCUCCCCGGAGGGGCGGUGUUCCGCCGCCGCCCAGGCACAGGGCUCUCGCGGGAGGGGAGCGACCAUGGCGGCGGACAAGGCGGGCGAUCAGGGAAGUGAGAAACAUGAAGGAACAGUUACUUCCUCUGGGAUUACUGAUCAGGAAAAGGAGCUGUCAAGUAGUGCAUUACAAGCUUUUAAUGCUGGGAAUUAUGAUGCUUGUCUGCAACAUCUUAGCAGCUUGCAAGAAAUAAACAAAGAUGACUACAAAAUAACUUUGAAUACAGCUGUUGCAGAGUUCUGUAAAAAUAAGCAGACUACAACAGACAACUUGAAACAAACACUUAAUCAACUGAAGAAUCAGGUUCAUUCAGCUGUUGAAGAAAUGGAUGGCUUAGAUGAUGUUGAAAACAGCAUGCUUUACUACAAUCAAGCGGUUAUUCUGUAUCAUCUGCGUCAAUACACUGAAGCAAUAUCGGUUGGAGAGAAGCUUUACCAGUUUAUAGAACCUUUUGAAGAGAAGUUUGCCCAGGCUGUGUGCUUCCUGCUUGUAGACUUGUAUCUGCUAACUUACCAGGCUGAGAGAGCCUUGCAUCUGCUUUCUGUUUUGGAAAAAAUGAUUUCACAGGGCAAUAAUAACAAAAAUGGAAAAAAUAAUGAAACAGGUAAUAACACAAAUAAGGAGUCAUCUAAUCAUAGAGCUGAAAGUGGAGCUUUAAUAGAAGCUGCAAAAUCUAAGAUACAUCAGUAUAAAGUGAGAGCCUAUAUCCAGAUGAAGUCUCUAAAAGCAUGCAAAAGGGAGAUUAAGUCUGUUAUGAAUACAGCUGGAAAUUCUGCUCCCUCUCUCUUUCUUAAGAGCAAUUUUGAAUAUUUGAGGGGGAAUUAUCGGAAAGCCGUAAAACUGUUAAACAGCUCAAACAUUGCUGAACAUCCAGGAUUCAUGAAAACAGGUGAAUGCUUAAGGUGCAUGUUUUGGAACAAUCUUGGCUGCAUUCAUUUUGCUAUGGGAAAGCACAAUUUAGGAAUUUUCUACUUUAAAAAGGCCCUGCAGGAAAAUGAUAAUGCAUGUGCACAACUAGGAACAGGUAGCACAGACCCAGGCAAGAAAUUUUCAGGGAGACCUAUGUGUACGCUGUUGACUAAUAAACGGUAUGAGUUGCUAUACAACUGUGGAAUUCAGCUUUUACAUAUUGGGAGGCCCCUAGCUGCUUUUGAAUGCUUGAUAGAAGCUGUCCAAGUUUACCACUCAAACCCACGCCUCUGGUUGAGACUAGCAGAAUGCUGCAUUGCUGCCAACAAGGGGACGUCAGAACAAGAAACUAAAGGUCUUCCGAGCAAAAAAGGAAUUGUACAAUCUAUAGUAGGUCAAGGCUAUCACCGUAAAAUAGUCCUUGCCUCACAAUCAAUACAGAAUGUUGUUUAUAAUGAUGGGCAGUCCUCCGCUAUCCCUGUAGCCAGUAUGGAGUUUGCAGCGAUUUGUUUAAGAAAUGCCUUGCUGUUGCUGCCGGAAGAUCAGCAGGAGCCAAAGCAGGAAAAUGGAUCUAAAACUAAUAACCAGUUGGGAGGAAAUGCAGAGAACAAUGAAAGCAGUGAAGCAUGCAGCAGUAAAAGUCAUGAAGGAGAUAAAUUCAUUCCAGCUCCACCUUCUUCACCUCUGAGAAAACAGGAAUUAGAAAAUUUAAGGUGCUCAAUACUGGCCUGCAGUGCUUAUGUUGCUCUGGCUUUGGGUGAUAACCUUAUGGCUUUGAAUCAUGCAGAUAAACUUCUUCAGCAGCCAAAGCUGUCAGGAUCUCUUAAGUUUCUUGGCCAUUUGUAUGCAGCAGAGGCUCUCAUCUCUCUAGACAGAAUAUCUGAUGCCAUCACUCACUUGAACCCUGAGAACGUCACUGAUGUUUCCCUGGGGAUCUCUUCAAACGAACAGGAUCAAGGGUCAGACAAAGGAGAAAAUGAGGUGAUGGAAUCUUCUGGCAAGCAGACACCCCAGUGUUAUCCCAGUUCAGUCACCUCUGCACGAACAAUGAUGUUGUUUAACCUUGGCAGUGCUUAUUGCUUGCGAAGUGAAUAUGAUAAAGCUCGCAAGUGUCUCCACCAGGCUGCUUCACUGAUCCAUCCAAAAGAAAUUCCCCCGGAGGCCAUUCUACUGGCUGUGUAUCUUGAACUACAGAAUGGUAACACUCAACUGGCACUGCAGAUCAUCAAAAGAAACCAGCUUCUCCCUUCAGUGAAAACACACACUGAUAUGCGAAAGAAGCCAAUAUUUCAGCCAGUCCACACUAUCCAGCCCAUUCAGAUGCCAGCUUUCACCACUGUCCAAAGGAAGUGAAGUCUUGCUAUAACCUGACAGGCCCUAAGGAGGAGGGCUUGUGAGUUUGUAUAUUUUUUUAAAACUGUCUCUCAGCCACCUGAAUACCAGGAAUAUGGGAAUGUGCUGGCUUGUGUACAUUUUUAAUAAAAAAAAAAAAAUUUCAAUGAAAAAAAUCAUGUC